AUGACACCCAUGGCUUCUCUCCUGGCCUUUGCUCUACUUUCCAUGCUGUCCAUUGCUCGAUCCCAGGAUCGAGCACCCCACGGGAUUACUUAUGAGAACCCCGUGGCUUUCUCACCAUCAGCAUUCGAAUUCUUCCACCCGAACACUGAGCAGCCGAGUUCUAAAAACCCGGGUGCUUCAUCAAAUUGCUCACCAUUGGCAAAUUGCUCACCAUUGACUCUGGCAGCGACAGUGCAGUCAACUCUGGCACAUGAUAGCAUAUCAACCCCCAACACCGGAGGGAGCAAAAUGGGUGUUGGUGGGAUUGUUGGCAUUGUGUUUGGUUUUGUGUUUUCUGUGCUUUUGGCAAUGGGUGUUUACUAUGUGGCGAUCACACGUCGGUCCAAUUUUAGUCGAACCAAUUCUGUUCAACCUGAUGUCUGA